AUGGAAUUUCUCAAAACCUGCAACACCAAUGCGCAAGCUAUCGGAGAUUUCGAAGCCGUCGCAUUCCAAGCCUUCUCAGUCGCGCGCAAUCCCACUCGCUCAUCGUCGAACACCUUCGACUGGAAUAACUCCGACGAUAUACGCGUCGUUGAGGCUGAACUGCGCAAAGGAAACCAUAUUGUACUCCACGAUGUAUCGCGGUCCUGGUUGUGGCUGUUUCGGGCUGCCACGGCGGACCAGGUGGGCCACCCGCCGUUAGAUCCGCCAACACUGGACGACUUUUGCUUGAACAGAGAGCAACAUGGCGUCAUGAAAGCCCAGGAAUUAGAACAACGGUCCGCUCGAAACCCCCGGAAUGCGCCGCCGUCUGCCUCUUCCAACUCCCCAGUAACACCACGACCGCAAAAGGCAAUACAAUCCGGUGUUUCUCAGCAGUCGCAGGGUGGCACCCAGUCGGGCACUUCAGAGCAACAGCAGCACGAUGUUGUCGCCAUCUAUGGACUGUUCACAUCGGCUGUGGUUGCUUUGAUAUCCUUCCGUUUAGUGAAAGACUACAACGCAGUUGCUUUGAACUACCGCACUUUUGCUUCGCCGUUUACCGCCCAGCUGGAGUCCGACUCCCGCCAUUUUCAUACAAAAGCACCCCUCCGUAUCACUAACGUCGAUGUGUCUUGGGCUACUGCUGGCGCACUUGUAGUGUCGACUUUUUCGCUGAUCAAGUCUGACAUGCACAGUCUAGCCGAAACUUUGCCAGAUGAUGAGCAGAAAUACUUGAUCGGCAAAUGCGUACGCGUUGCCCCGAAUGGCAUUCUGGCUAAACUCAUGAGCUUUACGGACCCUGUAGAUACAACCACCGACGAUCCUGGCCAAAAAUCGCAACGCAAACGACCUAGAGUCAGCCCGUUAGAAAAGGGGAUUGAGAAGUGGAAGGCCAGUGUAAAGCGCUGGCUGUCAUGGAAAGGUUAUUCCAUCCCUCAUCUUGGGACCAAGGAAUCGUGGGUUAGAAUCCAAUUCGCCCACACGGGUCAGACUGCGGCGUCAAGCCCAGCAUUCUCCAGGCCUACGAGAGAGAUCCUGUGGCCGCGAGCCUUAUGUUUCUACUUUGUCGAUCCACCGAAUAAGCCGGACUUGUUCAAUGCUCACGAAGAGUCACUGCUGCAGGAGGUUGAUGCACUGGCCUGGUUCGAAACUCCCCAUUCCAAAGGUUAUCAAGAUCCGAUUGAUGUCGCGCAGCAAUGGUUUUUAGGCAAGAUGGAGCGCGACAAGGUUGCUGAAGCUCAACGCAAAGCCAAGAAAGCCGAAGAAGAUGCUGCGCGGGCCAAAGAGGAGAAUCACGGCAUAUUCCCUUCGUCACCACUGAACGCUCGGGCUGGGACGUACGGCGAUCUUCAGAGCGUCAGCGGUGUGUACCCAACUCCACCUGAUGGGGUUCCGCCGGGGACUGUGUUAUCUUGUGGCGACACUCCAAGUGUUUCUGGUUUAGCUACUAAUGUCAUCCUAGCACCCGGCGGCAACAACCCGGCAAUCAAUCUCUCCGUUCCGCAAGACAUCACCUCCGGCGAUGCACACCAACAGUCUUCUACAUCGCCGAACUUCGACUUACAAUAUGAGGACUACAAUGCUGACGGCAACAACGACGAUCUCUUCGAAGACAUGGACGAGGGCAACUUCGAUGAAGGAAAUGGAAUUACGGAUGCCGACUUUAACUUUUUUGACGACGCAGAUGAUGAGGAUGUAAUUAUGCCCGAUGCUCCUCCUCCUGCGGAUACAGGAGUGGUGUUGAAAGAGGAAGUUAGGGACUCAGGCCUAUUCACUGUUCCUGAGGCCGCAGUAAAAGAAGAGCCACCAGAUCCUAUGGCUGCAUUGGACUUUGCCUUAGCUUCAGCAUCUGCGGCCACUGAGAAAGAAAAACAAGACCAGGAGGCAGCGCAUGCCCCUUUGAAGAUGGAAGCAACAGCAACGGCUUCGGCAAUCCAGGGAUCGACUCGUCUCUCGGACUUAGGGACCCAAGCAAUCGACCACGCAAUGAGAACAACCACGCCUCCAUUAAGCCCACGCUUUAUUGAGACUGCCCUGUUACCUUCUCCGAAAGACGAAAGACCUCAAAACCAAUCCUCAUAUCAGCACCGAGAUAGCGUCUUCGAUGCACUCAAUUUUAGCCACAAGAUGAGCCUUUCGGACGCCAAGUACAAGGCCGGACGCUUUAUGUCUGUCAGCGAAAGACCCAAGAGACCGGAUGCGGUGGACGACGUGCACCGAAAGCAGAGUUUGCGCGAUCUUCCUCUGAUGACCAAACUUCGAUAUGCUAUUGGCGUGGCUUCAGCAAAAGGCAAUUUGAUUGCCUCUCCACGGGACAUGUCUGAUAGUGAUGAUUCAGAUGCAUCCAGCGAAACUUCGUCAGAGAGCGAGGAAGAAGUGAACGACGUUGCACCCAUGCCGUUCGUUGGGAGUCUGAUCAUACCAGUCAAGCGGAAGCUGCCCACGGAGAGUGUUGCAACUCCCGUGUCUGCUACAUCAUUUGCCGAUUCGUUCGGUGGUGACCUCGGCGAGCUGAUUGGAUUGCAGACUGACGAGUCAGCUUUGGUCGUUCUUGAGCCCACGAUAUUCGACUGGUCUUUGAUACAUCUUCCCCCUCCAAUGGAACUGACUUUGAGUGGUGCACGCUGGAAUCUCCCCGCUUUUCCAUACUCAUAUUCAUCCGUGCCAAGUACGCCAACUUCGCAGCCGGACUUGUCUAUGAACAUGAUUGAAGAAAAGCCUCUGAGCGGGAAAGACAAUAUUGCAAUAGCUCAGAUAGUCACCGAUCAAAUCGCAUCUGCAACCUUGGACAUCCUCCAGCAAGCCCACGAUCCUGGGACCUCAGACGAUCUGCCAUCUGAAACUCAGUGGCAAAGCGCGAUCAAGACAAUCUUCCCGCAAGCCACGGCGUGCAAUGUGGCGAGCCUUGCAGCGGUUCAGGAUGUGUUCCCAGACAUUUCGACGCAAAUGAAGGCCCAACAGAGACCUCCGCCUCGCAGACCCAACGAUACUAGCGCUACGGCACUGGGUCAUCAUACAUUCUCGCUUAAUGCCCCUUACGUGCGAGUAAAACGUGCGGAUACUCUAUGGGACCUUUUGCCUCCUGCGAUUCCAUUCUGGGAAACGUUGGGUUUGGGGCCUUGCAGUCCAUUGAAGAAUGUCGUGGCACUCGGCAUUUACCCCUACAGUGAGGCUCUGAAGCCCUGUGUCGAGAGCUUUCUGGUCAACAUGCAAUUGGCGUACGACAGUUGCAAGCUGGGGAACCACACUCGAGCAGACGCGCUGACAGAAUAUCCCGGCGGGCUCGUGCCGUGCAAAAUCGGGGGUGCAGCAUCACUACGCACCGUUUUCAAGGCUCUGCGAGACACAUGUAUCCAGCUAAGCAAAGUACUGGCUGCCAGUCAUGCACAGAUGCGGGACAAGGACGAUUCAAAGAUUGAUGCCUUCGUCAUAUAUAUGAUCGAUCCAUUCGAGCAGGCGUCCGCCAUCUGGGAGCUGUGCUCGGCCUUUUGGAGUCUCUUCCAGUCGUACCAACAACCGGCUGGCCGGCCCGACCAGAUACAAAAGCCUGACCUUGUACUCCAAAUCAUUCCGAUCAGAUACAUCGCUUCGUUCGAAGCACCGGUCAUCUUAGAUUCGAAUAUCUAUACUGGCCUUGCUCGAGAAGUGUACGAUCGGUGUCCGCCUAGUGCAGCAAGCGAUGACAGGCUACCGCUUAGCAUCUAUUCGGCACCGUCAUUCCAGCUCGAGGAAACAAUUCCGCGCAACAUUCAAUUCAAGCUUAUGGCAGAUACCCCGCAGGAUCUGAUGCGGGAGAACUCGUACAUGCACAUCGGGUACGCCAUUAGUCUUGACGGGACGUGGGUAACUGCGGCAUGGAGCGAUACUUGCGGGAAGUCACAAGCGGUUGUUUCGUACAAUCUUGGCACGCGUCCAUUCGCCGACAUUGCUAGGGAGAUUUGGCAGACCACGAUCGAGAUCAUUCAAGUGCGGCGAGUUACGUGGCGCGUCUGCAUAGCCAAAGCAGGCGUUAUGGAGCGGGAAGAGCUCGAAGCUUGGGUAUUCCUCGUCCAAUGCCCUACUGUACUCAAUCUUUUCACUACCUUGAUGACAAUAGACAUGGAGCCACAUCUCAAAUUCACCCCAACGAUGCCUCCGCAAAGUACAUCCGCCAGCUCCCCAGGCUCCACGCCUCAAGCUGUCGUCUCUCCAGAACAAGGUCUGACACCCGCAGCAACGCCCGCAGCGGAAAUUUCUACGGACCCCAAUACUGAAUCAGACGCCCGCCUCGUCGACAUGACCGACGAAACCUGGGGCAUCAUCCUCGCGCACCGCCUCCACAACUCAAAUUCCACUAAUGAGUACCGCCCCGCCCUUAUCUCAGGCCUCCUCGUCAAACGUGGCCUCUCCCCUCCCAUGCCGCUCCUCCCUCCUCCCCGACGCCCAAACUGGGCCUAUUAUAACCGGCGUCAACAUCCUCUGGAUGGGCGCCGUAAAUCCAACCCGCGCAGCCACCUCACCCUUCCCCACUGGCUCAGGCGAUGGCAUAUCCUGGCGCUGCGGGCAACGUACCGCCAGCAAGCACGAGCCCGCAGGAACCGAGGAGUAAUAGUUUGA